GAGCCAGCUGGGCGCCCUCUUACAACCGCCAGCUCCAAACAACCUCAUACAUACCAGGUCCCUGGGGACACACUUAGGCCGAAUCCGGUCAAGAGCCCACAGAAGCGAGGCGUAAAAGUGCAAACUACCAAACAGGCUAAACCUGCCACUCCCCAUGGAUUCCCUCCUGAGCUAGUGGGACCUUCUCCAAUUGUCCCCAUCCAAGUGGAAGGGAUUUAUACUAAAGCCCUGUUGGAUACUGGAGCCCAAGUGACUUUACUUUACAGUGACUUUUAUGAAAAACAUCUCAGACACUUGCCACUGCAGAAGCUGGAGGAAUUGGAAAUAUGGGGCCUAGGGACCCAGAAUUUCCCUUAUGACGGCUACCUACCCAUUAAGCUCACCUUCGACCCGAGUGUGGCAGGAAAGGCCGAAACCUUCGAUACCCUGGCAGUGGUGUGUCCCCGCCCCCCAGGGGCUGAUAGAAGUUCUCUCAUCAUUGGGACAAAUACCGACCUGGUCCGAAGACUUUUGACACCGCUUGUCCAAGUACAGAGCACUCCAGCCACGAAGGUACACCCAAUGCUAGCACAAGUGUACCAGAAUCUAUUGCAUGAGCAGAAAGCCCCGGCGGAAGGAGUGGGAAAAAUCUGGCGCCUAGACAGAAGUGAGAAGAUUGUGCAACCAGGUGAAGUAGUCUGUUUGAAAGCUUCUAUCAAACUGACUUGGAGACAACCUGGCCCUUUCAUCGUCCUUGAGACGGACAGAGAGAAGGAAGAUAAAGAGUUGGAAAUAAUCCCAGAAUUGUUAUCGACCAAGGCGCUGAAGCGGAGCGGAGGGAAGGUCUCAGUCAGUGUCCGGAACACCACAACCUCACCUGUGAAGAUGCCAGCUAGAGUGUUGCUGGGGCAGGUGAAUCAAGCAACCCCAGUCUUAUCGUAUGGUAUCGUGGGUGGACAAGAGGGAGAGAUUCCUAUGGAAGAGUUCUACCCGAAAAACACCCCCCUAACACCUGAUUGGAUGGAGAGAGCAAAAACUCAGCUCCUGAGAUGGAGAACUGCGUUUUCAAAAAGUGAGUUUGAUGUGGGGCUUGCAAAAAGUGCUGAACACAAGAUUAGAUUGGAGGAAGAUAAACCCUUCAGAGAGAGGGUCAGGCGGAUUCCAUUGGGAGACUUGGAAGAUCUGCGGGAACAGCUGGCUGAGUUGAAGAAGACAGGAAUCAUCCGAGAGUCUCGGAGUCCGUAUGCUUCCCCAAUAGUGGUAGUGAGGAAGAAGAAUGGGUCUUUACGACUGUGCAUUGACUAUAGGACACUGAACCGAAGGACCAUUCCCGACCAAUACACCACACCCCGAAUAGAAGAUGCUUUACAGAGCCUGUCGGGGGCAAAGUGGUUCAGUGUGCUGGAUUUAAAAAGUGGGUACUACCAGAUCCCCAUGCACCCCGAAGAUAGGGAGAAGACCGCUUUCAUUACUCCUGUAGGAUUCUUUGAAUUCAAUCGCAUGCCACAAGGUCUGUCUGGAGCCCCAGCCACUUUCCAGAGGUUGAUGGAGAAGACUGUAGGUGACAUGAACCUGAUUGAAGUGCUGGUAUAUUUGGAUGACGUCAUAGUGUUUGGCAGAACAUUGGAGGAGCACGAAGAGCGCCUGGAGAAAGUCUUGAGGAGACUCCAUGAUGAAGGCCUGAAGCUCUCCAUGGAGAAGUGCCAAUUCUAUCAACCUUCAGUGAGUUACCUGGGCCACAUUGUGUCCGCCGAAGGAGUGGCCACAGACCCUCAGAAGCUGGAAGCUGUCACCUCUUGGCCCAGACCCACGAAUGUGACCGAGCUUAGGUCAUUUUUAGGGUUCUGUUCAUACUACCGUAGGUUCGUAGAAGGGUUUGCCAAGAUAGCUCAUCCACUCACUGAGCUGUUGAAGAACCAAGAGGAAGCUGGUUUUGACUCGGACAAACCUGGAAAACCAAAAGAGGGACCUAGGAAGAAGAAAGAGUCCAUCGAAGACCAGUGGACUCCGCAAUGCGAAGAGACCUUUAGACAGCUGAAGUGGAGCCUUACCACUGCCCCGGUCUUGGCCUAUGCAGACCCUACCAGACCCUACGAACUGCACGUGGAUGCCAGCCGAGAUGGACUAGGUGGAGUGCUUUAUCAGGAGUAUGACAGACAUUUACGACCUAUUGCUUAUGUGAGCCGGAGUCUGACACCUGCUGAGAGGAAUUACCCAACUCACAAGCUUGAGUUUCUGGCCUUGAAGUGGGCAGUAGUAGACAAAUUAAAAGACUAUCUAUAUGGCGCCGAGUUCGUGAUUAAGACGGACAACAAUCCUCUCACAUACUUGCUCACUACAGCAAAAUUGGAUGCCACAGGCCAUAGAUGGUUGGCUGCCCUCUCUGCAUUUACUUUCAGCCUGAAAUAUCGACCAGGAGUUGGGAAUCGAGACGCUGAUGCACUGUCCAGAAGGCCCCACUGUUCCCAGGACCACUCAGGAGGAUGGACCCAGCUUACCCCUGAGAGUGUGAGAGCCCUUUGUGAGGGGGCGGAACAACAAGUGAAAGGUGGAGCCAGGGCUGAAGAAGUCGGAGUGUCCGCUGCGGGGGUGCCUAAGUGCUAUUGUAAUGUCACUCAAAUUGUGGAGGAGGGUCUACCUAAGCUAUCUAGGAAGGACCUCCGGAGAGACCAACAGGAAGAUCCCCUUUGUGGCCUGGUAUUGAAGGCUUUGGAGAGCCAACACCCUGAUCUACUUCUCCAGAGCGCUCAGAAGGAAGCUCGCCUGCUUCGCAAAGAGUGGGAUCGGUUGCAGCUGCAGCAAGGGGUGGUCUACAGAAGGGGCCCCUCUGAAGAUUCUGAAGAGAAGUGGCAGUUGUUUUUGCCAGAGAAGCAUAGAGAGAAAGUAUUAAUUGCCCUGCAUGAUCACCAUGGCCACCUGGGAUCAGAAAGGACUCUCCAACUGGUGAGGGACAGGUUCUAUUGGCCAUACUUGAGGACUGAAGUGGAGAGCUACUGUCAUUCCUGUCUCAGGUGCAUACAAAGGAAGACCUUACCCCAGAGAGCCGCCCCAAUGGGCCAUUUAGAGAGUCAAGGGCCAAUGGAUCUAGUAUGCAUAGAUUUCCUAUGUUUGGAAUCUGACCUGAGUGGGCAAGGAAACAUCCUGGUAGUCACUGAUCACUUCACCCGAUACGCUCAGGCAUUUCCCACCAGGGAUCAGCAGGCAUCUACAGUGGCGAAGACCUUAGUGGAAAAAUUCUUCAUUCACUAUGGCUUGCCUCAACGGAUCCACUCAGAUCAGGGAAGAGACUUCGAGAGUACCCUUAUUAGACGACUGUUGGAUCUACUAGGCAUAAAAAAAUCCAGGACUACUCCCUACCAUCCACAAGGGGACCCUCAACCAGAGAGGUUUAACCGAACCCUUCUCAACAUGUUGGGGACUCUGGCCUCUGAACAAAAACAACAGUGGAGUAAACACAUCACAGCCAUGGUACAUGCCUACAAUAGCACCGUAAGUGAUGCUACAGGGUAUUCGCCUUAUCGUCUGAUGUUUGGACGAGAAGCCAGACUACCGGUGGAUUUGGCUUUUGGCACUUCUCUGGACCACACCUCAGAGACUUCUCACCGAGGGUAUGUAGACAGAUUGCGGAGAAGUUUGAAGGCCGCAUAUGAAAAAGCCCAAGCCACAUCGGACACAAGAGGAAGUAGAAACAAGAGGAACUUUGACCUCAAGGUACGGAUUCAAGAUCUACAACCUGGUGACCGAGUCUUGUUGAGAAACCUGGGCAUACCAGGGAAACACAAGCUGGCUGAUCGCUGGAAGUCACAGCCGUACAUUGUAUGCAAACGACUCCCAGGACUGCCGGUAUAUCAGAUCAAACCGGAAGGGAGUACAGGACCAUUUAAAAUGUGGCACCGGAAUCACCUCCUACCUCUAACAGAAGCAGUCCGAAUAACUUCACGACAGGAACUACCGUCCACGUCUACUGCUGUACCUCGACCUGUAACUAGGUCUCAAUCUGGAUCCCUUGCCACAGAAGGUAGUGAGGAGGAGGAGAUGGAGAUAAGCUGGUUGUGGUCACCUGAAAUGCCAGGAGUUGAUGCAAACUGUUCACCCCACAGAAGAAGAAAGGACAAUGGAAUUCUUAGACCAGAAGCCCCAGAAUUUGUGCCACAAAAUGGACAUUCUGAGGAUCACUCGUCCUUUAAUGACAUUGAAGUACAAGAGUCUGAAGUGGGAGAGGAUAGUACCUGCUCGAAGAUAGUGCCUACACCCAAGAGACAAAGAGUUAAAAGAGAGAUUCAUGCACCCAAAAGAUUAACUUAUGAUGUGCUGGGUGAAUGCUCCAACCAGACUCGGUUUACUGCCAAAAGAAAUUCUGAAAUGCCUGGUCUCUCUACUGUCAAUUCAGAAAGAGAGAACCCCAACCCACCCCUUGACACAUCUGUACCAGACACUACAGUGUCAGCUGUGAGUGCACAGAACAGUCUCCCAUCACAUGAGAACUGGUGGGAGGCUCCUCUGUCAGUAUUGUGCAAUCGCCUAGAGGCAAAAAUGUGUAAUAGAGCUAAGCGUUUGAAUAUCUUUGGGGACCAAAGACUUAAAGCAGGGGGAGUAUGUAGCACUGGUAUUUUUGUCAUGUUACUUUCCCCGCCCCUUCUCGGACGUUUAAUGCAAAACAACAUAGAGGACGUGGAGCAAAUGGCAACCUCAAGCCAGGAGCGAAGCCAGGCGGUAGCACACACCAGAUCCAGGAGCAGGAGGUACAAGGCCACAAAUAUGGCGUUUGAGGAGAUGGUGGAAAUGGUGGCAAUAUUAAGGAGGGAGGAUUACGAUGGGAAACAUGGCCCUUACAAAUAUCCCAACAAGGUGAAGGCCCAAAUCAUGGAAAAAGUGGUGAAGAGUCUCCACCAUAAAUUUGGGGUGCGCAGGUCAAAAGAACAGCUCCGCAAAAGGUGGUCUGACCUAAAAUUAAGGAAGCCGGAGCAAAUGGAGAAGAUUAAAAGACUCAUUAGAAGAAGGUGCGAUAAAGCUUCCAGACAGGAGCAGAGAAACCCCACACAUUCUACCCAAGCCCCACCCCCGGGGGAUGUGAAGGAAGUGGAAAUUGCCACCACAACAGGAGGUUUUCGUGCUGGUGAUGGCUUGGAUACAUACAGCGCCCAGCUGUUAAUUGGAGAGGUGUUGGCCUGCAGGGCUGACAUCGAGGACAUCCAUAUAUGUUUGGGGCAGAUAAGAGAAAAAAACAAAAAGGUGGAGCGAAGACUAAAAAAUAUGCAAGAGGUGGUGGAGUUACCUAUUCGAAUUGGAACCACCGACUCCGAGUUUCCCCGGGAGUACAAGGUAGACUGGAUCACUGGGACUGUGACUGCGGAGGAGGAGGCCCCAUGGCUGGAACCCUCCCCAAAUACAGUAGUCGCUGAUCCAGAGGUGGUGACCGUUUCAUCCACAUUGACCUUGCCAUCGGCUGCUACCCCAACCGCAUCACCAGAGGUAAGCGAUGUGGAUGUUACAAAGUGCGUGCCUAGUGUGGAAGCAGAUGCCAUACCGGAGACAGCACCAACCAAUGUGGUCUCUGUGUGGCACGCUAACACCAAGAUGGGCCCCGCUCAGGCUUCCCACGGCUGUGGUCGAGGCCUGCCUGUGAGCAAGAGUGAUACAGCCAAUGUCUUAGCCGGAGGAUGUACUUGUCUGCCCACAGAGGAGUGUGACACAUUGGACUUGGACUCUUUGUCUGACGAUAGGGAUGAUAGAUGGUUCAAACUGGAGUUUCCUGAGUCUUCGUGGGGUAAAAGCUCCCGAGCCAACAACUCCCAUAGACGCAAGAAACGCUUCGGCCAUGCCGCACCACUUGUGGGUGUCCCACAGUUAACAUGGGAGAUUCGAGUGCCAGAUAUUUUUUUCUUACGUGACUUUAAUCAAGACUUCAGUCAAGACUUCAAAAAUUCUAGUAUCCCAAUUGACUCUUACUCACCAAUAGCUUUGGAGGCCUUACCCAGGUCCCACUGGAAGAUCGUGGAGCUAACCUGGAAUGCAACCUUUGGGGACUGGGCUCUGCAUUGUGGAGCUUUCCAGGCCUUUGUGCACUGUGUUCACACCACGCAGCAGGUAGAAUCCAGCAAAAACACUUGGCUUAGGGAAGAUGAACGCCUAGCCCUUCAAGUUAUAGAGCAGGGGGCAAGCCCCGAGGAGCAUCCUGACCCUAAAACGGAACCCAUGGGUGCGGCGGCGUGCCCUGCACCACUGUUACCACCAGCCCCCGCACCCGUGGCUGUCCCCCCGGCCUCCACUACAAUUACUGAGAUUCAAGAGGUUAGACAAGAUAUUGCCCAGCUUACCCAAGUGGUAAAGGAGUUGGCUAAUCACACCACUCGGAAGGAUAUUCGGAGCUUCUUAGGAUUUUCAGGAUAUUACCGCCGCUUUAUUCCUCAUUUUGCACAAAUUGCCGAGCCAUUGACCUCUCUCCUGCGAGGCACGGCGAAGGGGAACUAUAAUGGCAAGCUGCCUGUGGAAUGGGCCAAAGAGCAAGAGGUGGCCUUCCAGGCUCUAAAACAUCUAUUGACAGAGCCUCCCAUCCUGGCCUAUCCGGAUUAUACUCAGCCUUUCCGACUGUAUACAGAUGCCAGCUUUGAAGGACUCGGGGCAGUGUUGUCCCAGAUGCAGGGAAAACAAGAGAGGGUGAUAGCUUACGCCAGCCGGAAUCUGCGAGGGGCUGAGAAGAAUGAUUCUAACUACAGUUCCUUCAAGUUAGAGCUCCUGGCCCUCGUGUGGGCAGUCACCGAAAAAUUUAAGGACUAUUUGUCAGCCACCUCAUUCACGGUCUACACCGAUAACAACCCCCUGGCUCACCUGAACACCGCUAAACUAGGUGCCCUUGAGCAAAGAUGGGCCUCCAGACUGGCCAACUAUGACUUCUCUAUCAAGUACCGAAGUGGCAAGUCUAAUAUUAAUGCGGAUGUGCUAUCACGCAUGGCUCCUGGCGAAGAUCCCCCAGUGGAGGACAAGUGGGAAGAUGUGGAGAUGCCUCCCUUCUAUCAAAGAUUUGUGAAUCAGGAUGUGGUCGUCACCCGCGAGGGGAGUGAAUCUGGGUCUAAAGCAAUCCAGGAAGACCUGUAUACCUGGAGGACCCUACAGGAAGAAAGUCAGACUAUGGGAGAUCUGCAGGAGUAUUUAUUGACCAGGAGGGUACCUCCCCGGUUGCGACGGGGCCAGAACGACUACGAAUUGAAGCGAUUGUGGCGUCAGAGGAAAAGACUAUUUGUGCACAAAGGAAUGGUGUACAGGAACUUCUUGGACCCAGUG